AUGGCCAACCACGUUUACAACUUGCCUGUGCCACUUCUCGAGUCCCUCACUCCUCGCAACUUUGUGGGAGAUCUAGAACCAAAAUUACCAUCUUCUCCACCGCCAACGAGUGUUGCUUCGACAUCAGCAGCUAACUCUCGCUCUUGCAACAUUUGCAAUGGGGCUACUUUCACUGAUGUUGAAGACCAGCGUCAGCAUUACCGAUCGGACUGGCAUCGAUAUAAUGUCAAAACGCGCCUCAAUGGUGGGCAAGCGGUAUCAGAGACGGAGUUCUCGAAACUUGUGGAUGCUCUUGAAGAUUCCAUCUCCGGUUCAGCAUCGGAAGAGAGCGAUUCAGAGGACCCCGAUGAUGCGGUAGACACUCUGGUGUCCAAAGCCACACGUAAUAACAGGUCACCAUCUCCCGACCAAAUCAAAGCUGCGACCCCACAGACCGCAAUUGCCUGGUUUCAUGCCCCUCCUGCUACUCAAAUCGGUGUCUAUAAAGCCCUCUUUGACACGGGAAUGCACCAGUCGGAUUAUCUCGGCCAACUUCGACAAAUGCAACACGGAGAACGUACCUGGGCUAUGUUUAUGGUAGCGGGUGGUCAUUUUGCUGGCGCCAUUGUACGCGUCAGCGACGGAGCUGACCGCGGGCCGAAUGAUUCAGAGCCCAACUCGCAAAAGAAGAAACAGAAAAGGCCUAAGACUGACACCGAAGUGCUCAAACACAAGACCUUCCAUCGCUAUACCACUCGACGAAAGCAGGGUGGCUCCCAGAGUGUGAAUGACAACGCAAAGGGUCCGGCGAAGAGUGCAGGAGCACUUCUCCGACGCUAUGGGGAACAAGCGUUGCGAGAUGACAUCCGUAACCUUAUUCAAGACUGGGCCGAGGAUAUCAACGCUUGUGAGCGAAUUUGGAUUCGUGCCAGUGCGAGCAAUCGCAAAAUUUUCGUGGAUUACGACGGCUGCGUGAUUCAGAAAGGCGAUGGACGGUUACGGACAUUCCCUUUCCCAACAAGACGCCCGACACAAUCCGAGGUUUCCCGGUGUCUCAUUGAGCUAACUCGCGUUAAAACAUCGCAUUUCACUGAAGAAGCACUACGCGCACAAGAUGAAGCACACCUAGCCUCUCGGCCUAAGCCAAAACCCAUCCCUUCCACUGCUCCUGCCGCUAGCCCAGUCAAAUUCAAACCAGUAAAGCUAUCGAAAGAAGAGGAGUUCGUUCGUGAGAAGUGGUCUCGGCUGCUCGAAAUGGUUGAAAAAGGACGACUAGAACCGCUAAAGUCUUUUUGGGAACGCGAAGGGGAAAGCCUUGGUGGCAUUGAUGCACCCAUACCAGAAUGGACAGGAGAGAAACACGCGACAUUACUGCAAAUGGCCGCCUAUGCUGGCCACGACGUUGUUGUGGAGUGGUUACUGGAAGUCUUGCAUGCCAACCCAACCGUCGAUGUACCACUGAACCGAGUCGAUCAAGAUAGAGAUAGCGACGAGGCUUCCGAUUCAUCCAAGACAGCGAAAGGUAGUCGUCGAACCGCGUAUGACGUUGCUCGAAACCGCGCUGUCCGUGAUGUUUUUCGCCGUUGCGCGGGCCUCCAUCCAGACUGGUGGGAUUGGUUUGGCGCUGCUAAAGUCCCAAGUGCCCUCAGCAAGGAGAUGGAGAAUGAUCGAGACGACAAAAAGAAGGCAAGACGCAAGGGGUUGAAGGACAAAGUUAGGGAACGUGAAGCCAAGGCCAAGCCACCAGAACCGAACCCAGAGCUAGAAACCCUCUCGAUAACUAGUUCAAAUACAGCUAGCAUCGUGACGGGACCCCAACGUUUGGGUGGCGCUGCUGGUACCUCAGAAAGCAUCGCUGGCCUGACCAUUGAAAUGCGAGCAAAGGUUGAAAGAGAGAGACGGGCACGGGCGGCCGAAGCACGGUUAGCAGCACUCGCAAAAUGA